UUUUUGCGACCAACGCUACCGCAAUGUCAUGCCGUGCCCCCUUUCAACCCGAGGAUCAGUAUGAGCAAUUGCGUCGACCGAAUCCGGGUGCCGGACCCAAUGGAGUGCCACUAGAACAGCAGACGGCUGCUGCAGCCCAUUUAUUUAGCGAAUAUGGAGCUGGAGCUGUGGGUUAUGCCCCGUCCCCCUAUGGCGCAGGACCUGGACCUUCUAUAGGUGGCUAUCCAGCAGUAUCGCCGUCCAUGUCCGAUUAUGGCCAAUCGAAACUGUCGGCUACCGCAUCCAUUUUUGUGCCCAAUACAGUUGGUAAUAACCAGGCAAUACCCAACAACAAUAUGGCCAUGGGCAAUAGAGGCGGUGGAGGAAAUGGUACUCAUCCCAAACAAUAUCAACGCUAUGCGAAUGGUUAUAACCAUCAUCAUCAUCAGCAGCAGCAGCCACAUCAUCAUCAUCAUCAUCAUCAGCAGCAGCAGCAGCAACAUCAAUCGCAUCAGCAGCAUAAUAAUGAUAUGAACCAGCUAGCAUCUUCAGUGCAAGGUCGUUUGCGUAUUAACAAACAGCAGCAGCCGCAUCAGCAACCAUAUAAUGGUGCAAUGGGCAAUUUUUAUCAUCAGCAGCAGUCGCAGCAACAUCAGGUACAACAACAACACCACCACCAACAACAGCACACACAACAGCCACAACAACAACCACAAGCGAAAUUCCAACAACAUUUUAAUAAUCAUCAGCAUCAUCAGUACAACAAUGAUAUGCAUCAGAAUAAAUUCCAACGGCAUGCGCAUUUAAAUAAUUCAUUCCAACAAAUUGCACAGCAACCUCAACAGCAGCCGCAGCAGCAGCAGCAGCAACAACCAUCGACAUCAUCCGCAUCCUCGUCAUCAUCCUCUUCGCAUCCCGAUAUGGCGACCAUUGCUUUGGAAUAUUUAGAUACUGUCAUACACUGUCUCAAUCAGAAUCCUGGACAGUUUGAUUCAAUUGCAUCUCGCUUCUUGACCAUUUUCGACGGCAUGGAGCAAAAUCAAUUUGUACUUUCCAUUGCCAUGGAGGAUAUCUUUGAGAAAUCCAUUGAGCAACCAAAUUUCCGAUAUAUGGGUGCCAAGCUAUAUAACUUACUGCAUAUGCUUAAUCCUAAAGCGGAUUCAUUAUUUCACACAUUGCUUAAAUGCAAAUUGGAAUAUCAUCAGAGUGAGGUGGCCAAAUAUAUGGAAUCGACGGAGCAUCAGCAAAAGGUGCGCGAAACAGCACUCUUUCUGGCUGAACUAUAUAUGCAGCUGCGCGGCGAGGAUGAUGCUCGACUUCAGUUGAUUGCGGUCAAUAUUGUUUACUCUUUGACUCAGUUGUUGGCAUGUGAAACUAAUGAGAAUGUACGCUGUAUAUGCCAGACAUUGAAGCUGGCUGGCUAUGAUUUAACUGCCGACUGUUCCCAGGAUAUGCUUAGCAUAAUAGAGGCCUUGAAAGCCAUUGAGGCCAAGUUACCGGGCAAAUAUCCCAUGGCAGCAAGUGUUAUUGCAUUGCAGGCAAACAACUGGGGACGCAAAGUAUCGAAUGCUCUGGGUGGAGAUGAUGAUAGCGCCGCUGUUAAGGAGCCGCCACGUCUAAGCGAUGAGCCCGUAUUCUAUGGUCCCGAUGGACGCGAGCUAACUGCCGAGGAGACUGACUUUCUGGCAGCUGAGGAUGAUGACGGCAGCGACGAUGGUGAUGAGUUCGAUGUGCGCGAUGGCGAUUUGGAUCUUGAUCCAGAAAUGGAUGAAGAGACCGAACGUGCAUAUAAAGACUUUUGCAAGCAAUCGCAGUCGAAGGCCAAAAAAGCAUCAUCUUAGACUGGCGGUGUGUGUAUGUGAUCCGUUCAUUCGUGGUGGUGGUGAUGUGAUGGUGAUGAUGGAGUAGGCAUAGGCACGGGCUUGGACGUGGUAUAGAAACUUGGGUGGACAACAAAAAUAGUGCGAAUUCUUGGUUGUGGAAUAAUUUUUUUUCUUUUUUUUUUUUGAUUCUUAUUGCAAUUUGGAAGAUGGAACGAACGAGAACAGACAGAACGAAUAACAGAUGUAAUUAUUCUUAAUUUUUUUUUUCUUAAAUUAUUGAUAAAUUGUUUGUGAUAAUUGCGUUUUAUGCUCCCAUAUGUACAGGUACAUGAAUGUAUAUAGAUAUAUAUAUAUAUAUAUUAAGCGUGGCUUCAGUACAUAUACAUAUAUAUAUAUAUAUCUAUUUUUCUAUAUAUACAUGUUUUUUUACACAUGUGUUCGUAAUGAUUAUGUGAUACGCUUUAUUCAGCGUCAGUCCUACUACAAUUUUGUGUUCAAAAUGAAAUUAAAGAUCAACAACCGCAACAACAACAAUACCAACAAUAUCCGAAAUUUGUUACCACAUUGCCACGCCCACGUCAAUGCCUUGCCUCUGCACAUCUACUAGACAUAAAAACAAGAAAAAAGAGAGACUCAAGAAGAAAAACAUGCACAUAUAUACACUGUUUAGCAACACGGAGAUUUAGAUUCAUAACUGAUAUAAAACAUUAUUUUCCAUUCAAUAAAAUACUAUACACGAAAACGAAAAACGAAAUAAAGAAAAACAACAAAAAAAAAAUAUAAAUAAAUAAAAGAAAACCGCAUUCUCUGGAUCAUAAACACAAAUCUUAAUAAAACUGAAGCCACGCUUAAUUUUUAAUUAAUUGUAAUUAAUGUUAAACGAUAAAAUGAUUUAAAUAUAUAUAAUAAAUGCAUUCAUUUAGAAUAUAAUAAUCACCGAAACAUAGUCUCGACCCCGUAUAUAUUUGCAUCUUCAAUAAUCGUAACACAAUGAAUUUUGUUUUUAAUGCACAUAAAACAUUGUAUAUUUUGCAAAUGUUUCGUUUUGUUUUUUUUUUCUUUGUCAUUUUUCUUUCAUUAAUGGGUUUAAAUUAAUGCAAAAUAAUUGCGUUCAAAAAAACACGGAGGAAUGUCCAGGUCGGGCUUCCCUCUGUUUAAAGAACUUUUUACAUUCGAUUUCGUAUAAUUAAAAAAAUAUAAGUAUGUAAACCACCUUGACAUUAGAUCUAAUUUAAGUAAGAAAGGUCUUGCACAAGAUUUCAUAAAUAUUUGUUUCCGUUUUA